AUGUCCAAGACAGCACAGGAGGUAGGAAUUGAGGCGGAAAUGGCAAAAGCACAACCGCAAGCAUCUUCACCAAGUCGCAUCUAUCUCCUCCUUUACAAUGCCGCCUGCGCCGCCCUCUGGGCCUAUAUCCUCCUGCUCAGUGUGCCCACAUGGAUAUCAGCUGGUACCGCCCAAGUAUACAGCGCAGUCGAGCCUUGGGUUCGGCUUACGCAGAGCCUCGCUGUGGCGGAGAUCCUCCAUGCAGCGACGGGCAUCACCCGCGCUCCCGUCUUCACGACCUUCACGCAGGUCUUUGCGCGUUCUGUGCAGGUCUGGGCUAUCAAUCAUGCUUUUCCCGGGGUGACCGCACCGUCCGCAGGAUACCCCGCUAUGGUGACGGCAUGGGCGCUGGCGGAUACGGUGCGGUAUCUCUAUUUUGCUGUUAUGCUUGCGGAGUUUUCUAUCCCUCGGGGUUUGAAAUGGUUACGAUACUCGCUUUUCACUGUCUUGUAUCCGGUCGGCAUUGGGAGCGAGUGGUGGCUUAUGUAUCAGGCGACCACGGAGACCUCUAAUUGGGCAGUUCAAGCGCUGUUUUACUUUUUCCUGGGGCUGUAUAUUCCUGGUACUGUGAUGAUGUUCUCGUACAUGCUCAAGCAGAGGCGCAAAAUGCUGGCUAGCUUAUAG